CUCCAUCUGUCAGUUUGUCGCCACCGUCACCGAAACAAGCCGCCGCCAUUCUUGUCUGCCUCGCUCACUCACGAUCACUUUCCCCGAGUUCGCCUCUUUAUAGUAUCCAGUAGGCGUUGCCCUGAGACUCAGAUCGCAUCACCAAAUUCCCCAGAGACUUACCCUUUCGAGCACUAGGAUUCUCAGCUGAGAGCUUCCUCAAAACAUUCGCGACCAAAUCCCGUCCCUACUAGACGCUUUCUUUCCCUUGUUUCGUGCUGUCAAUAUCUCAGAAGCCCACAGUCCCUCCAUCGCCAUGUCGCUAUCAGACCUGUGUAACUUCCUCGACGUUCCUCCCCCCUUCUUCACUCCCGCACUCCGCAACUCCGCUCCGACCAUCGGCCGCAAACCGCGCCCCCCAGUACUCCAGAUCCCCGAAAUGGUCCCGCCGCCUCUCACCCCGAAGCCGCAUCCUCUUUUCCACCUCCCUCGCGCGGCUACUGCCGUCCAACCCGCCGUCCCUCCUGCCGGCCAACCGGCUGGUCGGACAGCCGGCCAGCCCGCCGGCCGCCGGCCGCGGCAGCCGAAGAUUUGGGAUCUGCUGCCAACUCCAAAAGCGGCGGAAGAGAGCGGAGGCAAUUUCCGCUCCCAGAAGACGCCUGGCUUUCCGCGCCGACCUAGCGAUCGCUCUGUACCGUGCUACACGCUCCAAGUGCGAAAUCGAUCACUGACAGUGUCUGGUAACCAGACGGGGCUCCGUAACAGCUCUGCUCCCAGGGAGAACGAGAGGUCGGCGACCGUGGCGAGCUCGGCGAAGUUCUGGGAUGGGAUUACCAGUCCGCGAAGCGGAGUUCACGCGAUUGGCGUGCCAAGAGUGGCGGGGAGCGGUGACCGUCUACACCGUCGGAUCGAGCUGCAGUAAACGCGGUCAGCGCGGUCAACGCUCUGGUUGCCGGCAACAAGGCUCAGGUUGCAUGCCAAGGAGCAACAGCGGCUGGGAGCUUUUGGUGGAAUGAUCGGCGCUCGAGAUCAGGACGACUGGCCGUCUCGGCUCAGGCUGCUGCCAAUAUCGGGUUGAUUUAUAACGGAGCAUCAAAUUGUGAUGACUUCGUGCAGCCAGGUCGGCAAUGCGGGGAGAGCGAGCCUACUCUGUCAGAAGCUGCGUAUAGUAACGAAGCAUCUCAUAUCGAACCAGAGGCGCGCAGGUGGGCGGCCGUCACGCCGCAGGAUCCAGAAACCGCGCCACAAGCGGCGGAAAUUGCGCUGCACGGGAAAAAACAGCAGCAGCAGCAGCAGCAGCAGCAGCAGGGCCGAAUGCAGCAGCAGCAGGGCCGAAUGCAGCAGCGAGCGCACAGGGAAGCGCCUGUCUGUGCUGCUGACCUGACCGAACUCCUGACUGCCAUCCUCGGUAUACUGCCAGGUGCUUCGCCCGAUAUGACCCAGAGCGACGCUGUCUCUGAUCGACCCUGCAAGUCGUCGUGGUUUUGGCGGUUGAUAUCAGAUGAGGAAGAGGAGGAGGGAGAGGGUGAGGGGCGGCCAGGAAAGGCUGGGUCGGGGCGGUUUGGAAGCCCUGCAGGGGUGCUGGAGUACAUUGGGUUCGACGACGACGAUGAUGAUGACAGUGAUGAUGAUGAGGAUGGCGAUGCAUGGUGAUGCUGAGCGGCAGAGAUGAGGGGCAGCGGGUGGAGAGGCAGGGUAUGGCUGGCAGUGGAAGGUCGUGGAGCCCUGCAGGCAUGCUGGAGUACAUUGGGUUUGACAACGAUGAUGAUGACAUGACAGUGAUGAUGAGUAGUUGUGUGGCUGUUGUGUUCCUGGUGGGUCAGUAGUAGGCCCUCGGGAUUUCACUAGGAAGCAUCUGUAGGGCCUGUUGGGCCUCGAGAGGCUAUGAGACUAGUGGGUAUGGUUAGGGCAUGAGGGUAUGGCUAUGAGCAGACACCUCGUGUGGGCUUGCCAGCCCUCAUCCCCUAACCAUUAACCCCUGAUGAGUUGCUGCUGUGCCUUUUAUUUGUGUGCUUUUGUCCAUGUAAUGUACCGUAAUCCCCCGGAUAUAACACCCUAUGGUGGAUAUAAUAAUUCAUUAAAAAAAUGACUGGGUGUUAACAGUGGGCUGGAAAAAUAUAACGCCCAUGUGUUAUGUAUAAUUCAUUUUGAAUCUG